GUUCUCUCACGUCUUUUGUAAUUGAUCAUUUACUUACUCAGAAUCAUAUAACGGAGUAUCCAAAAGACAUUACAAAGUUGAUAGACACCGCUGCUUGGAUUCCUCCUAUUUGUGGUUUAUCUGCAAUUUUAGUAGGCUCCAUGUUUCCCUUAGCUGAUUAUUGGUUUAUGCGCAAGCCGCAAGAAUUUCAAAAAGAAUGGAGCAAUGCUAUGAG